UUCCUCGCAACCAUGUCUGACAAACCCAAUACGGCUGAGAUUGAGAAGUAUGAUAAGUCAAAAUUGAAGAAAUUGAAGAAGACAGAAACACAAGAGAAAAAUCCUCUGCCUUUGAAAGAAACAAUUGAACAAGAGAAGCAAGUGGGUGCAUCCUAA